AGCUAUUAUUUGAUGCAAGCACAGCACACAACCAGGCUCAGGCUCCUCCUUCCCCAUCUUCUUCUUCUUCUUCUUCUUCCUUGUUUAAUUUUUUCUUCUAUAUUGGAAUUCUGUCAACGCACUUGCAGCAACAAUUGAGAACAAGUACGGACAAUCAGCAAUGGUUCCCACAGAUUGAAGAAAGCUAUGAAUUUGAGACAGCGACCCGUCCCCGCCCGCGCCUAUGGCUCGCCGCCGCCGCCACCGCCGUUGUUUGAGGACGUAUAUAACAUAAUACCGAUACAUAACCUCCUUUCCGAUCACCCGUCGCUUCGGUACCCGGAGGUACGCGCCGCGGAGGCUGCCCUACGCGUCGUCGGGGACCUGCGGAAGCCGCCGUUCAUGGAGUGGCACGCAGGGCUGGACCUGAUGGAUUGGCUAGGGUUUUUCUUCGGGUUCCAGCGCGACAACGUCCGGAACCAGAGGGAGCACCUGGUCCUGCACCUAGCAAACGCCCAAAUGCGCCUCCAGCGGCCGUCCGACGCCGCCGUGCUCGAUCCGGCGGUGCUGCGCGGCUUCCGCCGCGAGCUCCUCAAGAACUAUACCUCCUGGUGCUCUUACCUCGGCCGGAGAUCCCACGUUCAGCUCUCGCGCCGCCGCGAAACCGACCCUCUCCGCCGCGAACUGCUGUACGCGUGUCUUUAUCUCUUAAUCUGGGGCGAAGCCGCCAAUCUUCGCUUCACUCCUGAAUGUCUUUGCUAUAUAUUUCACCACAUGGCAGGGGAACUAAACCAAAUUCUUCAAGAUGACAUAGAUAUAAACACAGGCAUGCCUUAUUUUCCCCCAAUCUCUGGUGAAAAUGCCUUCUUGGACAAAGUAAUUACGCCCAUUUACCAAGCUGUUAAGUCUGAAGUGGUCAGGAGCCGGAAUGGGACUGCCCCGCACUCCGCUUGGAGGAACUAUGAUGAUAUCAAUGAAUACUUUUGGAGUAGAAGGUGUUUCCGGAGGCUCAAGUGGCCUAUUGAUGUUAGUGCUAAUUUUUUUGCCACCGGUAAUGAUAAAAGAGUGGGGAAGACAGGGUUCGUUGAGCAGAGGACAUUUUGGAAUGUGUUUAGGAGCUUUGAUAGAUUAUGGGUUUUGUUAUUUUUGUUUCUUCAAGCGGCCAUUAUUGUUGCUUGGGAAGGUAAAGAGUACCCGUGGAAAGCAUUGGAGAGUCGCGAUGUGCAGGUGGAAUUACUGACUGUGUUUAUCACUUGGAGUGGUCUUCGGCUUCUGCAGUCAGUGCUUGAUGCUGGUACGCAGUAUAGUUUAGUUUCAAGGGAGACAAUGUGGCUUGGUGUAAGGAUGGUGCUUAAGAGCAUCGUUGCUACAACUUGGAUUAUUGUUUUUUCAGUAUUCUAUGCAAGGAUUUGGAGCCAAAAAAAUUCUGAUGGUCUCUGGUCAGAAAAGGCAAAUAGGAGGAUCAUCACAUUUCUUAAGGCCGGAUUUGUGUUUGUCAUUCCUGAGUUGCUGGCACUGCUUCUUUUUAUUCUCCCAUGGAUACGUAAUGUAAUUGAGGAAACAGAUUGGAUGGUCUUUUACUUGUUGACGUGGUGGUUUCAGACAAGAAUCUUUGUGGGUCGCGGGCUAAGAGAGGGGCUGGUGGACAAUGUGAAGUAUACACUGUUCUGGAUUGUGGUAUUGGCAUCAAAGUUCUCAUUCAGCUACUUUCUUCAAAUAAAGCCUUUGGUUGCCCCAACUAAGGCUCUUUUGAAUCUCAAGGGUGUGAUCUACAAUUGGCACGAAUUCUUCAGUAGAACCAAUAGAGCUGCAGUUGUAGUAUUGUGGCUUCCUGUUGUUCUGGUAUAUCUAAUGGAUCUGCAAAUCUGGUAUUCAAUCUUCUCCUCAUUGGUUGGUGCAGCAAUUGGGUUAUUCUCACAUUUAGGUGAAAUUCGAAAUAUUGCACAGCUAAGGCUUAGGUUCCAAUUUUUUGCAAGUGCAAUGCAGUUUAAUCUUGUGCCAGAAGACCUGAAUAUGUCUCAUCAGGCAACAUUGAUCCAAAAACUUCGAGAGGCAAUCCAUAGACUGAAGUUACGGUAUGGACUCGGUCAGCCCUAUAAGAAAAUUGAGUCAAGCCAGGUGGAGGCAACUCGAUUUGCUUUAAUAUGGAAUGAGAUAAUUAUCACUUUGCGAGAAGAAGAUCUCAUAAAUGACGAAGAAUUGGAGCUCAUGAAACUGUCUCCUAAUAGUUGGAAAAUAAGGGUUAUUCGCUGGCCGUGUGUCCUCCUGAGCAAUGAGCUGCUGCUGGCUCUUCGGCAAGCAGUUGAACUGGCUAAUUCAUCUGACAAUUGGCUUUGGCAAAGAAUAUGCAAGAAUGAGUAUAGGCGGUGUGCAGUUAUUGAAGCUUAUGAUAGCGUCAGCUACCUGCUCCUUCAGAUUGUUAAGCAUGACACUGUGGAGCAUUCUAUUAUCGAAAAAUUGUUCCUAGAGAUUGAUGGUCAUAUUCAAACUGGGAAGUUUACUGAAACCUACAAGUUGAAUGUUUUGGAGAAAAUUCAUGCCCAAUUAAUAUCAUUAAUUGAGCUUCUGAUGAUGCCUAAUAAAGAUUUGGGCAGGGUGGUGAAUGUUUUACAGGCAUUAUAUGAACUUUACUUUAGAGAACUUCCCAAGGAGAAGAAGUCCACUCUGCAGUUGAGGAAGGAAGGUUUGGCUAUUCCAAAUCCAGACACUGAUGCAGGGCUGCUUUUUGAAAAUGCUGUCCAGUUUCCUGAUGGUGAGGAUAUGUUCUUCUUCCAGCAGCUACGGCGUUUGCAAACAAUUCUUACAUCUAGAGAUUCACAGAAUAAUGUCCCAAAAAAUAUUGAGGCAAGGCGCCGUAUUGCUUUUUUCAGCAAUUCUCUCUUUAUGAAUAUGCCUCGUGCUCCCAAGGUUGAUAAAAUGAUGGCUUUUAGCGUGCUCACGCCUUACUAUGAUGAAGACGUUUUGUAUGGGAAAGAAUCACUUCGAAGUCCAAAUGAAGAUGGCAUUACCAUUUUGUUCUACUUGCAGAAGAUUUAUGAAGAUGAGUGGGAAAACUUUUUGCAGAGGAUGCGUAGAGAAGGUAUGGAGGAUGAAAAUGAUGUCUGGACAGUCAAAGCAAGGGAUCUCCGUCUUUGGGCUUCAUACAGAGGCCAAACCCUUUCCCGUACUGUUAGGGGAAUGAUGUAUUACUAUAGGGCACUCCAGAUGUUUGCUUUUCUUGAUUCUGCAUCUGAAAUGGAUAUAAAGCAGGGUCCAGAAGUAAUUGCUUCUCUUGGUUCUCUGAGGCAGCACAGUGCUUCAGAUGGCAUAGACCAUGGCACGCAACCAGCUUCCAGGAACCUAAACCGAGCAAUAAGUGGCAUGGGUCUUCUAUUUAAAGGGCGUGAGUUUGCAUCUGCUAUGAUGAAAUUCACAUACGUGGUUACUUGUCAGAUUUAUGGGAAUCAAAAGAGAAGAGGUGAUUCCCGUGCUGAUGAUAUUUUGUACCUGAUGAAGAAUAAUGAAGCUCUUCGGGUUGCUUAUGUCGAUGAGGUACAAGCAGGAAGAGAAGAGGUGAGGUAUUAUUCUGUUCUUGUGAAGUAUGAUCAGCAACUGAAGAAAGAGGUGGAGGUAUAUCGCAUUAGAUUGCCUGGUCCCUUGAAGCUUGGUGAGGGUAAACCAGAAAAUCAAAACCAUGCCAUCAUCUUCACUCGGGGUGAUGCCGUUCAGACUAUUGACAUGAACCAAGAUAACUCUUUUGAGGAGGCACUCAAGAUGCGGAACCUAUUGGAGGAAUUCAAAAAAUAUUAUGGUAUAAGGAAGCCAAAAAUUCUAGGCGUUCGGGAAAAUGUAUUCACAGGGUCUGUAUCAUCCCUUGCUUGGUUCAUGUCUGCACAGGAAAUGAGUUUCGUGACACUGGGGCAGCGUGUUCUGGCAAACCCUCUCAAGGUUCGGAUGCACUACGGACAUCCAGAUGUAUUUGACAGGUUCUGGUUCUUGACGAGGGGUGGUAUCAGCAAAGCUUCUAAAGUGAUCAAUAUUAGUGAGGAUAUAUUUGCCGGCUUUAAUUGUACACUGAGAGGUGGGAAUGUGACUCAUCAUGAAUACAUACAAGUGGGUAAGGGAAGAGAUGUUGGGUUGAAUCAGAUAUCAAUAUUUGAGGCCAAGGUUUCUAGUGGCAAUGGUGAACAGGUUUUGAGCAGGGAUGUGUAUAGGUUGGGUCAUAGACUCGAUUUCUUCCGCAUGCUUUCAUUUUUCUACACUUCUGUUGGGUCCUACUUCAACACAAUGAUGGUAGUACUGACUGUCUAUGCAUUUUUGUGGGGCCGACUUUAUCUUGCUCUAAGUGGUAUUGAGGGGGCAGUCAAGAGGGCAUCCCUGGAAAAUAGUAGCAACAAUGAGGCCCUCGGCACUAUAGUAAAUCAGCAAUUCAUUGUACAGAUCGGGUUGUUCACAGCCCUACCGAUGGUUGUGGAGAAUUAUCUGGAGCAUGGGUUCCUUCAAGCAAUCUGGGAUUUUAUAACCAUGCAGUUGCAACUUUCAUCACUCUUCUACACUUUUUCAAUGGGAACCCGCACCCAUUUUUUUGGCCGGACCAUUCUUCAUGGUGGUGCUAGGUACCGAGCGACAGGGCGAGGUUUUGUUGUGCAGCAUAAGAGUUUUGCAGAGAACUAUAGGCUCUAUUCUCGCAGCCAUUUUGUGAAAGCAAUUGAACUUGGGGUGAUUUUGACGGUGUAUGCUUCCCAUAGCCCCGUGUCCAAGAAUAGCUUUGUCUAUAUAGCCAUAACUUUCUCAUCUUGGGUUCUCGUUGUGUCAUGGAUUAUGUCUCCCUUUGUCUUCAACCCUUCUGGAUUUGAUUGGCUGAAAACUGUGUAUGACUUUGAGGAUUUCCUGAACUGGAUAUGGCACAGGGGAGGUAUUUUUCUCAAAGCUGAUCAGAGCUGGGACGCUUGGUGGCUUGAGGAACAGGACCACUUGAGGACAACUGGUCUUUGGGGAAAGUUGUUAGAGAUAAUUUUAGAUCUCCGUUUCUUCUUUUUCCAGUAUGGAGUUGUGUACCAUCUGAACAUUACUGGUGGUAACACAAGUAUUGGCGUUUACUUGCUUUCUUGGAUCUACAUGGUUGUGGCUGUUGCAAUUUAUGUGACAAUAUCAUAUGCUUAUGAUAAAUAUGCUGCAAAAGAGCAUAUCUACUAUCGUCUGGUUCAGUUCAUUGUAAUUGCAGUCACAGUACUUGUAGUUGUUCUAUUGCUGGAGUUCACUAGGUUUGAAUUUCUUGAUCUUGUCACAAGCUUGCUUGCUUUCAUCCCCACUGGGUGGGGCCUCAUUCUUAUUGCUCAGGUACUCAGACCUUUUUUGCAGUCAACAGUAGUGUGGGACACUGUUGUUUCCUUGGCUCGGCUUUAUGAUAUGCUCUUUGGGUUGAUUGUUAUGGCUCCUCUCGCGUUACUUUCGUGGAUGCCCGGAUUCCAGGCAAUGCAGACAAGGAUUCUAUUUAAUGAAGCAUUCAGCAGGGGGCUCCAAAUAUCACGUAUUCUUACUGGAAAAAAUUCUAAUGUCUGACAUGUAAUUUCAGGUGUUGGCUGGAGCUACUGAAGAGUGGAUUGAAUUUACAUUCAUUUUCAUGGGUAGGGGGAAGCUGUUUAAUGUGUCCAGCUGCGUUUAACAACCUGUGGUCUCUCCUCUUGAGCAGAAAUAGGGUUCUGAUUCUUCUCCUCUGGAAUAUAUAUAUAUAUAUAUAUACAUAUAUUGAGCAAAUGCACACCCAUUCUGUUGCAUUUUGUUCAUCCUAGUGGAUGUGCAUUAUAAAUUUUGCUAGUUUUCCUAUUUGUUCUGUAAUGAGCUAACGUACUUGUUUAUACCCCCAAAUGGUCUUCAUUUGGCUGUAUAUCGAUGACAUAAAAUCUAACUGUUGCCCGGGGGUGGGUGGUGUUGUACAAGCGAUCUGAUGGUGAAAAUUUAUUAGAUGGAAGCAAUGCAAACUUUGUGGGUUG